UCAGCUCUUGGAGAUGCUAAAAUUUUACUCCAGAUUUGAAAUAAGCGAUGAAUCAGGAGACCCGCUUACUGAUCGGGACAUGACCCAGAUCCAUUAUUCGAAAAUAACUAGUUUACAGCAAGCAGCAUUUGCUAAAUUCCCAGAUUUGCGAAAUUUUUCACUAGCCAACGUUGCGAGUGUUGACACAAGAAAAAGUUUGGUAAAGCAUUUUGGACCGCUAACACGAGAAAAAUUGAAGGCUAUCGCUGUCUAUUUAAAUCUUGUACCUCCUCCUGAAUUAGAAGAAGAUUUUAAGUGGUGUAGAACAGACGAAACAUUUUUAAGGGAACUUUUGAUUUCUCGUCAUGAAAAGAGAGCAUCCCAGUUGGAAGCUCUAAACGAAAUGCCGCUAUACCCUACAGAAGAUAUUAUUUGGGAUGAAAAUAUUGUACCGACGGCCUAUUUCUCCGGUGAGGGUUGCUUAGCUCUUCCAAAGCUCAACUUGCAGUUUUUAACUUUACAUGAUUAUCUUCUGAGGAAUUUUAACCUAUUUCGACUGGAAUCGACAUAUGAAAUUAGACAAGACAUUGAAGAUGCUGUCAGUAGAUUAUGUCCCUGGAAAGCUGAAGAUGGAAAUAUAUACUGGGGUGGUUGGGCUCGAAUGGCACAGCCUAUCAUCAAUUUUGCUGUCGUCGAAGUUGCCAAACCUAACAUUGGGGAAAAACGACCUAGUAGAGUUAGAGCAGAUGUUACUGUUAAUUUGGCAGUAAGACCAGAAAUAAAAGGGGAAUGGGAGAAUCUACGUAAACAUGACGUAUGCUUUUUGGUAACAGUUAAACCAACAAAUCCAAUAGGCACAAAAUAUGACUACAAAGAACCAUUUUUAUCUCAAGUUGGCUUACAUUGUAUAAGAGGUUGUGAGGUAGAAGGAAUGUUGGACUCAAAUGGGAGAGUUAUAGAAGACGGUCCUGAACCAAGACCAGUUUUACCUGGAGAUCAGAGAACUUACAGGGUAUGGUUAGAUUGCAAUCAGUAUCGUGACGAUAUGAACAAUACGAAUCAAGGCAAGGAGGAUGUAUAUGAAGGUUUCAACAUAUUGAUGAGAAGAAAGCCAAAGGAAAAUAAUUUCAAGGCAGUUUUAGAAACAAUCCGUGAAUUAAUGAAUACAGAGUGUGUAGUUCCCGAAUGGUUACAUGAUAUUAUUUUGGGAUAUGGUGAUCCCAGCGCUGCCAACUACAAGAAAAUGCCAAAUCAAAUACCCACCGUCGAUUUCAAUGAUACUUUCAUCGAUAUGGAUCACUUAAGAUCGUGUUUCCCCGAUUACCAAAUUAAAGUUAUUACUGAUGAUCCAAAGAAAUUAAUUCGGCCUUUUAAGCUUACAUUUGAAGAUCUUGGUAAGGACGAAGAGGGAAAUGAAGAAGUUGAGAAAGUUAUUGUUGUCGAACCACACGUAAUUCCCCGACGUGGGCCUUAUUUAUUUAAUGAACCGAAAAAAAAUAUGAUCCCCUUCACUCCAACUCAGGUUGAGGCCAUUAAAUCUGGCAUGCAACCUGGCUUAACCCUAGUCGUUGGUCCACCUGGUACCGGAAAGACUGAUGUAGCCGUUCAAAUAAUUUCCAAUCUCUACCACAAUUUUCCCAAUCAAAGAACGCUUAUCGUAACACAUUCGAAUCAAGCAUUAAAUCAGCUGUUCGAAAAAAUUGUUGCUUUAGAUAUAGACGAAAGGCACUUGUUGCGUCUUGGUCACGGUGAAGAGGCUCUGGAAACCGAGAAAGAUUUUAGCAGAUAUGGUAGAGUAAAUUAUGUUUUAGCUAAAAGACUGGAUUUGUUAAUGGAAGUUGAGAAGCUGCAGAAGUCUUUGAAAGUAGAUGGUGACGUUGCUUAUACCUGUGAGACUGCUGGACAUUUUUACUUAUAUCAAGUUCUGUCAAGAUGGGAGCAUUACUUGAGUGUUGUUAAACCUAAAUCGAAGAAGGUCCUACCCCCGAAGAUAAUAUCGGAUGAAUUCCCAUUCCACGAUUUCUUCAGUAAUGCUCCCCAGCCUCUGUUUAAACAACAGUCCUUUGAAGAAGAUCUCGAAGUAGCUGAGGGUUGUUUUAGAUAUAUAGAUCAUAUCUUCAAGGAACUUGAAGAAUUUAGAGCAUUUGAACUGUUAAGAUCUGGUUUGGAUAGGUCGAAGUAUUUAUUGGUAAAAGAAGCAAAAAUUAUCGCGAUGACUUGUACUCAUGCGGCUUUGAAAAGGAAGGAACUCGUGGAUAUUGGUUUUAAAUAUGAUAAUAUUUUAAUGGAAGAAUCAGCUCAGAUUUUGGAAAUCGAAACGUUUAUCCCACUUCUCCUCCAGAACCCACAGGAUGGAUUUAAUAGACUAAAAAGGUGGAUAAUGAUCGGGGACCAUCAUCAGUUACCGCCAGUUAUUAAGAAUAUGGCCUUUCAAAAAUAUUCUAAUAUGGAACAGAGCUUGUUCACACGACUUGUUAGAUUGGGAGUACCUACCAUUGAGCUGGACGGACAAGGUAGGGCAAGACCAAGCAUUUGCAAUCUUUACAAAUGGAGAUACAAGAAUUUGGGAAAUUUAAAACACGUGGAAAACUGGAAAGAAUACCAACUUGCAAAUCCUGGUUUUGCAUUCGAUUUUCAACUAGUAGAUGUACAAGAUUUUAAUGGUACAGGUGAAUCAGAACCAAGUCCAUAUUUUUAUCAGAAUCUUGCUGAAGCUGAAUACUGUGUUGCUAUGUUUAUGUAUAUGCGACUAAUUGGUUAUCCUGCAAAUAAAAUUACUAUACUUACUACAUACAAUGGACAAAAACAUUUAAUCAGAGAUGUUAUUAACACCCGAUGUGCUAAUAAUGUACUUAUAGGCCGACCACACAAAGUUACCACCGUUGAUAAAUACCAAGGACAACAGAAUGAUUAUAUAAUUCUGUCACUAGUUAGAACCAAAGCCGUAGGUCAUUUAAGAGAUGUAAGACGUCUUGUAGUAGCCAUGUCUCGUGCCCGUUUGGGAUUAUACAUAUUUGCUAGAGUAGCUUUAUUUAGAAAUUGCUUUGAACUGACUCCAGCUUUCGAACAGCUCACAUUGCGGUCACCAAAGCUGCAUUUGAUCCUAAACGAGUACUACCCGGCAAAAAGAGUUAAUGAUAACAAACCACCUGUAAGAAAACUAAGAGUUAUUCAUGAUAUGGUGGAAAUGGCUAAUUUUGUUUAUGAUUUCUAUAUCCAAAGGGUUAAACAACUUAAACAGCAUUAUAAGUCGGAUGAUAAAUGGAAUAAACCAGGAGAAGUACCAACCCAAUCUCAUGAAGGUUUCGUGUCUUCACAUCCUGGCGAAGAUAGAGAUACAGAUAGUGAAGAUGAAGAUUCUGGUAAACAGGUACCGGUACCGAUUCAAGAAGAACCAAUCGAGGAUCAACCAUCAGAUCCACAAAAUGUAGAAGAACAAGAGGUUGAAAGAAUGGAUGACAAUGAAGAACAUACUAGAGAUGAAGAAAUAGAAGAAAGUGCAACAGUAGAUACUGGUGAAGCUGAAAACGAUGAAUAAUUGUCAUAACUUCUGCUCAUUUUAAAUAGUCUUACGGACGGUAAUGUUUGAACAAUUUAUUGAGAAAAAACAUCUAAACCAAAAGAGAAUUCAGAGUUAAGACAUGGAUUAAGAAAAAGACAGUAUAUUAUUUUACAUAAGUUUUUUUUAGAACAAGCUCAUCACAUAUGAACAAUAUUUAUUUUAUUUAGUUAACCCACCAAGCAAAUAUUUGUACUCUCAUUUAUUCUUAUUAUUUCAUUUGAAUUUAUUGCGCUUUAUUCCUUUAUACUUUUAUCCAUGUAUACUUUUUGAGAAUAAGUUAUUUUUAUUUGUAUUCUAUAAAAACUAUAAUAAUGAAUUUUAUCAACAAAUAAUUUUGCUUCUCUCUGAUUUUUUGUUUUAUGUUCCGUUUUUUUAAUAUAUUUAUUGCUUCCUGUAGGAAAUAAAAAAUGUAUUCGCUUUGGUUUUUUUAU